AUGUCUAGCUCAAGCUUCGAAGGAAAAAUCCAUAAUUUCGCCACCAAAUUGUCGGCCUUUGAGUUUACCCCAACCAAUGCCCCAAAUACCAUCAUCUUCGUUGGAGGUUUGGGAGAUGGUCUUUUGACGGUUCCUUACAUUCCAGAAGUUGUGUCCAAACUUCCUGCCAAUUGGUCAUUUUGCAAUCCUAUCCUCACAUCAUCUUACAAUGGUUGGGGUACCGGGAGCUUAAAGCGUGACGCUGAGGAGAUCGGACAAUUGGUCAAGUAUUUAAGAGUCAAUUGUCACAAGAAAAGAAUUGUCGUUAUGGGUCACUCUACAGGAACUCAAGAUGUGAUCCAAUAUCUCGCCAAGUAUCUUCCAAGUUUGACUGCAGAUGCUGAGUUGUUUAACAUUGAUGGGGCAAUUCUUCAAGCACCAGCCAGUGAUCGUGAAAUGUUUCUGCGUUACGUGCCUCCUGCAAAGCUCGAGGCUCUUAUCUCUGCAGUCAAGACUAUCGUUAAAGAAAAUAACGGUGAUGAAAACGUUUUGCUUCCAGGGAAAUUCUCCAAGUUGAUGUUUGGUACCCCCACUACCGCCUACCGUUACUUAUCCCUCGCUGUUCCAUAUGGUGAUGACGACUUUUUCUCCAAUGAUUUACUCGACCUUCCUGAUGAUCACCCUAGUUCCCCAGCACAGACUUUUGGUAAAGUUAAAAUACCACUUUUGAUGGUUCCUUCAGAACUUGAUGAGUGUGUUCCAGAAACCAUUGAUCAAGGGGAAAGAAUGGAAAAAUGGUACGGUUUUAUGGACGAUAAGCUCAAGAGUAAAUACAGUGGUGUUGUGAAAGGUGCAAAGCAUUUCUAUGGUCCUGGUACUAAAGAAGGAGCAAAAGAGGAUUUGGCAAACAGAGUAGCUGGAUAUUUGGGAGAAUUUUUUUAA